ACCGGCAUCCCCUCAGCAUAUCUUAGGCAGAGCCAACAACCAUGGAGAAUAUGUCCCUUGUCACUUAUGGUCUUGCCAGCUCAGCUUUUCUCGCCGUUGCUAUUUCCAAGUAUCUAAACAGGCCAAACGUUGAUGCUAUCCCCACAAUUGGACCUUCUGGAAUACUGUCGUCCUAUUUAGGAGCCUGGAGGUUCCUGUUCCAUGCCCAUGACAUGAUACAAGAGGGCUAUACCCAGUACAAAGGUAUGGCCUUCAAAGUCCCCAAUAUAGACAACUGGCAUGUCAUCAUUAGCGGGCCCAAGCUCAUCGAAGAGCUUCGCAAAGCUCCGGACAACGAGCUGUCAUUUCUGGAGGCAACCAACGAGUCGCUGAAAGUCGAAUAUACGCUUGGACAUGAAGUACAUCACAAUCCCUAUCACGUUUCUGUCAUUAGGUCUCAGCUCACUCGUAACCUUGCGGCUCGCUUUUCGGACAUUCGUGAUGAAAUUGCGGUUUCUUUUGAUGACAUUAUUAAGCCCAAGGGUGAUGAAUGGGUUAGCGUACCUGGACUAAAUACUAUCAUGCAAGUCGUAUGUCGAACGAGCAACCGCUUGUUUGUGGGACUUCCUCUGUGUCGUGAUCCCGAUUGGAUGGAUCUUAAUAUCAAAUUCACUCUUGAUGUGGUCAAAGGAGGAAUGAUCAUCAAUCUGUUCCCCGCUUUCAUGGCACCAUUAGUAGCCAAAUUCUUGACCAGUGUUCCUGGCAGUAUCAGGCGGGCGAUAAAGCACCUCCAACCUAUAAUAGAGGAGCGUCGGAGAUAUAUUGAAGAAUAUGGCGAUGAUUGGGCCGAAAAGCCAAAAGACAUGUUAUCCUGGCUUAUGGACGAAGCCAAAGGAGAAGAGCAAACCGCAAGACUACUCACCAUGCGCAUUUUGACGAUCAACUUUGCUGCAAUUCACACAUCGUCAAUGAGCUUCACGCAUGCAUUGUUCUACCUAGCUGCCUACCCUCAAUACAUCCAACCAUUGCGUGAAGAAGUUGAGGCUAUCAUCGAACAAGAAGGCUGGUCCAAGAAUGCUUUGGUGAAGAUGCGCAAAGUGGAUAGCUUUUUGAAAGAAGCUCAGAGGUUUGAUGGUCUUGGUUGCAUAUCGAUGUCCCGAAAAGCACUGAAGGACUUCACUUUCUCCGAUGGAACAUUUAUUCCAGCUGGGUGUAUAGUCUCUGUUGCCGCCUACCCAAUACACCACGACGCAGAUAUAUACGCAGAUCCUCAUGUAUUCCAACCGUUCCGGUUUGCUGACCUCCGAGAGGGAGAGGGAGAAGAAGUCCGGCACCAAAUGGUAUCUACCAAUCCGGAAUAUAUACCUUUCGGACACGGCAGACAUGCAUGCCCCGGACGCUUUUUUGCUGCCAACGAGUUAAAGGCGAUGCUGGCACAUGUGGUCAUGACGUAUGACGUCAAGUUGGAGGACGAAGGCGUUCGACCUGUCAACUUCAUAUUCAACACGGCUAGCUCCCCAAAUCCUACGGCGAAAGUCUUGUUUAGGAAACGAGCACUGUGAAGUUAGUUGACCAUACAAACCAUCUAUUAUAGGACGCGGUAGGAAGACGUAGUGCAUCAGUAUCCGUCCAUGUAAUAUUUUCUGUCUCACAUGCGUAUGCACAACUAACGGUGUUAGAAAACACUAAACACCCGCCAGGCAAUACAAAGUAAAUGUCAUAUUGUAGCCCCUCUAGCUCAUGGCACAUCGAUUCAGAGAUAUCUUUCAUUAUGGAUUGUAUUUGUGCCUUCCUA